CCCGGCUCCCGGCGGCCUCCGCCGCCCGUGACGCCACGUCCGGCGUGUCCCGGCGAGCGGAGCGGCGGCGGCCGCGGCCGAGGAGGCCCUGAGGAUGUCGGACGGGAUCAUGAGCAAAGCGGCCACCAUGGAGAUCCCCAUCAGCAGCAAUGGGGACACGGGCAGCCUGCCUGAGGACGACGGCCUGGAGCAGGACCUGCAGCAGGUGAUGGUGUCGGGGCCCAACCUCAAUGAGACCAGCAUUGUGUCGGGCGGCUACGGGGGCACGGCCGAAGGCAUCAUCCCCACCAGCACCAUCAAAGGACAGGUUGUGGGUGCUGCUGGUGGCAGCAAGGCUGCGAGUGUCCUGCCUGCGGGACACAGAGACAGGGAAGUUCAGCCUCACGCAGCCCGAGGAGCAUCCAGCGUGUGCCCCAGCGCGGCCGCUGCCCGCAGGAUGGCCGACCCCGACCAGGCUGCAGGCUCAGGGCUGCACCAGGCGCAUCCCAGCCCCGCAGGCGGAGGGGAGGAGAUCGUGCGCGGCAUCGCCGUGGAGAAGUUUGACAUUGUCAAGAAGUGGGGGAUCAACACGUACAAGUGCACGAAGCAGCUCAUCUCAGAGCGGUUUGGCCGCGGCUCCCGCACGGUGGACCUGGAGCUGGAGACACAGAUCGAGCUGCUGCGGGAGACCAAGCGCAAGUACGAGAGCGUGCUGCAGCUGGCGCGGGCCCUCACCUCCCACUUCUACAGCCUGGUGCAGACGCAGCACGCGCUGGGGGACGCCUUUGCCGACCUCAGCCAGAAGUCACCGGAGCUCCAGGAGGAGUUUGGGUACAACGCGGAGACGCAGAAGCUGCUCUGCAAGAAUGGGGAGACGCUGCUGGGUGCCGUCAACUUCUUCGUCUCCAGCAUCAACACACUGGUCAACAAGACCAUGGAGGAUACGCUCAUGACAGUCAAGCAGUACGAGACAGCCAGGCUGGAGUACGAUGCGUACCGCACGGACCUGGAGGAGCUGAGCAUGGGCCCGCGGGACGCCGGCACCUUGAGCCGCCUGGACGCAGCCCAGAGCCACUUCCAGAGCCACAAGGACAAGUACGAGAAGCUGCGGGCGGACGUGGCCAUCAAGCUCAAGUUCCUGGAGGAGAACAAGGUGAAGGUGAUGCACAAGCAGCUCCUGCUCUUCCACAACGCCAUCUCCGCGUACUUCGCGGGCAACCAGCAGCAGCUGGAGCAGACGCUCAGGCAGUUCAACAUCAAGCUCAAGCCGCCGGGCGCCGAGAAGCCGUCGUGGCUGGAGGAGCAGUGAGCACGGACACAGCUCGGGACGGGGCGCCGGGAGCCGCCGCACCGGCCCCGGCACAGGGACCCCCCCACCGCGGCCGGGACACCCCAAACCCCUCGGCCCCCCCCCCGCGCGGCGCAGGCGUGUCGGGGUCCAGCGGAGCAGUGGCGCUGGGGGGCUCCGGGAUCACCCCAUGUCCCCCCGGAUGAUCCCUGUGGAUCCCCAGGCCGGGCCCCUGCAUCCCCCCCAGCCCGUGGGGUGCCCCCGACCUCCCCCUGGGGCCCGGCGGGCACUGGUGGCUGCUUUGGGGGCACGUGGGGGCUGAAGGACACAUGGAAACACGCGUGUCCCCUCAUCAUGGGACACACACGCGUGCAUGUCCCCUCAGCACAACACACUGACACACGCGUGUUCCCUCCCCACAGGAUACACAGGAACACGUAUGUCCCCUCCCCACAGAACACAUACAUGCACGCAUGUCCCCUCUGCAGAACACACUGACACGCGUGGGUCCCUGCCCUGCAGGACAUGCAGAAACACGUAUGUCCCCUCCCUGCAGAAUACACACACACACGCAUGUCCCCUCUGCAGGACACACUGACACACACGUGUCCCCCUUCCCACAGGACAUACAGGAACAUGUGUGUCCCCUCUGCAGGACACACACAAACACGCAUGUCCCCUCUGCAGAACAUGCAGACGUGUCUCCCCUCACCACAGGACACACAGAAACACGUAUGUCCCCUCUCUGCAGGACACACACACAUAUGACUCACACGUGUCCCACCCCGCAGGACACACAUAUGCGAUACGUGUCCGCCCCCUGCAAGACACACACACAUGAGACACACGUGUCCCCCCCGCAGGACACAGGUGACUCGUGUCCCCUCGGCCCGGCGCUGGUGUCCCGGGGCCGCAGCGCCGGGGCUGGGCCGGGCACGUCGGGCCGGGGCUCUCCCGGCAGCACUUGGGCACUUUCUCCCGUGAGCCCCCGCUCGGGAUUCGCGCUGAUCCGCUCCGCCCCCCGGCCCCAGCCUGUCACAUCCAGAAUAAACGGUACCGAGCAGCGA